GCAGUGAGUGAUAGAGGGAUGAUGUCACGGGGCAGUGAGCGGCUGGGGAUGAUGUCACGGGGCAGUGAGUGAUAGAGGGAUGAUGUCACAGGGCAGUGAGUGGUAGAAGGAUGACAUCACGGGCAAGCGUAUUAUGUACCUAGUGAUGUUGUAUUUAUCCGGCAGGUUUUCCGGUUGCAGAUGAUUGGUGUGAGAUCAUUACAUUUGCAGAGGACAGGUGAGACCAAAGGUUUUUUUUAAAGAGACAUCAGUGAAGGUGCCGCCAAAUUAUUGGGGCAUGUUCAUUCAAAAGCCAAUUGUAAAGAAUUGAAAUUACAGGCUAAACCUGUCGAAUUGUGUUUGUAACACAGAUGGUGAUAUUUUGCCAUUCAAUUUUCUAAUUAUUAUAGGUUGGUAUUUAGUGAACUCUGUGCCCUUAACAACCAUCUCUAACACUUCUUAUGCCCAUCCCCGCUCCCUUUCAGCUUUGCACAUUUUGUCAGGAAGACUUGUACAAAGGUUAUUCAAUAAAGUCAACUUGUUGCCAAUGGAAAGUGAAUUUCAAACUUUGGACCAAAAUAGCUGAACUGAAAGCAUUUCUGACUUCCAAUUCCAAUUCAGCUAUUUUGGUGUUUACUUGAAAUCAACUUUGGAAUCCCAGCAAUUCUUACGCUAGUUAUAUAAUUCUAAUAGUAAGUAUAUCACUGCCUGUUUGUAAUUUCUCUGACUGUCUGCUGCCAGGUUCAACGUGCUGUCAGUGGCUGAACUGUGUAUAUACACUAAUAAGGUACUGCAUUAAAGUUAUAUUGGUGCCGCAGUGUCCAAUUUGAACAUUUCUACUUUCUACAUGAUGUCUAUUUUGACAUACAAGCAGUUCAUGUAAGAGAAUCGAGUGAAAUCUGUAUUCGUAUAAUAUGAGUUCUAAAGAAUUAGGCUGGCUUGAACUUGAAGAAGCCUAGAUUCUACCAUGGGAAGGUCACUUAUAGCAAGGCUGAGAUAACUCCAAUGAGGUGUUGGUCAAGGAAACAUUAAGUGCAUCUGUUUUUGUCUUAGGUAACGCAGCUUCUCAAACUGGAGGCAGCAAGACUCUGGUCUCAUUCCCAGUGAAGUUCUCGUCCGGCUCCAAGGAUUCAGUGAAAGGUGAGGACAAAAGUCAAAGUGUCCCACCUCCUGUGUCUCCUCCAAUGAAACCUAUCGAGGAAGGUGUGGGCCUGAUGAAGGUCUUGGAGAAAAAUGACUCCGAUAGGGUUGUGCAGGCAGGAGAUGAGGUGAAGAAAAGAGAAAUGGGGUCAAAUCAGGAAGAACAUUCAUCUUCUUCUUCCUCCAGUUCUGAUUCUGACUCUGAUUCAGAAAACGAGGAAUCUGACUCUCAAAACGGGAAGCCUGCAAGAUCUGGAAGCUACACUGUGGGUGAAAAUGGAGACGUUGCAGGAUGGUCCCAACAAUCUAUUCCAGAGAAUCCAGCAAAUAAUGUGGGGUCUCCUGCAGCUUCAAAAGAUGAUAAAUUGAAGGUCCCUAUCCCAGAGAAUGUCUGGAAAGAAAAACAGUCUACACCCCUAAUUCCAAACACCCUAGGGGAUGUACAACCUUUGCCUUCAAUACAAAAUACCCACGGGGGCAAACAAACUUUGCCUCCAAUUCCAAACACUCUAGGGGAUGUACAUUCUACACCUUCAAUACAAAAUACUCAAGGGGGCAAACAAACGUCGCCUCCAGUUCCAAAUACUCUAGGGGAUGUAUAUCCUUCACCUCUAAGCACCCAGAAAGAUGCACAAAUAAAUCCGAGACCAGCUGACAAUGUUCUGCCUAUUGAGGAAGAAGCAAGUAAUCCUGUAGAGGAUAAGAAGCUUCCGAGUGGACGGUCACCUUCAGUGGAGACUAGAGCGGAGUUUGAUAAGACCCCAGUGCUUGAAGAUCAAGUGUGUGAUGAACCUCAAACAGCAGCCAGACAGGAGCCUGAAACAUCAUGUGAGCAGUGAUCUGUAGGAAUUAGUCCCCUGCCCCCCUCUCUGCCUUGCCGUAGAACAGGGGUGGCAAACCUUCGGCCCUCCAGAUGUUUUGGACUACAUCUCCCAUAUGUAGCCAUCAAGCCAUAAUGCUGGCAAAGCAUCAAUGGAGAUGUACUCCAAAACAUCUGGAGGGCCAAAGGUUCCCCACCCCUGCCUUAGAAGAUUCUUCUUUAAUCCAGUGUGUCUCAGCCUGUGUCAGACGCACUGUGUUGCAUUGCUUGGGAUCAGUAGUUGUAGGAAGCCAAGAUAAGUUUUAGAAACAUUGGUCUUAUUAAAUACUUGGUACGCACCCCCUGGCUUUUCUAAAUAUAGCUCGCUGUCGUGUUUCUCUCCUACUUUAUGUCACCGCUGUUGUGUCGCUCUCCUGCUUUGUCACCGCUGUCGUGUCUCUCUUCUGCUUUGUCACCGCUGUCGUGUCUCUCUCCUGCUUUGUCACCGCUGUCGUGUCGCCUUUCCUGGUUUAUGUCACCGCUGUUGUGUCUCUCCUGCUUUAUGUCACCGCUGUCGUGUCGCUCUCCUGCUUUAUGUCACCGCUGUCGUGUCGCUCUCCUGCUUUAUGUCACCGCUAUUGUGUCACUCUCCUGAUUUAUGUCACCGCUGUCGUGUCGCUCUCCUGCUUUAUGUCACCACUGUCAUGUUGCCUUUCCUGGUUUACGUCACCACUGUCGUGUCGCCUUUCCUGGUUUACGUCACUGCUGUCGUGUCGCUCUCCUGGUUUAUGUCACCACUGUCCUGGCUUAUGGAAGAUGCUGUCUACUGAUGCUCUUGUGGUUCACACGACACGCUCUAUCAUGAUGCAGUCACGGUUAACAUGGCUCUCUCUACUGAGACGCUUAUGUGGUUAAUCUUGUGCGCUCUCUUCUUGCACAGUGUGCUCUGCCGUGUCUCUAACAAUUCUCAUGGUGCUCUCAGCCCUGACGCUCUAGUGAUUCAUGCUGCGCAGUCCGCACUCUCGUGAUUCACGCAGGGUCUUGUACGUCUGUUGUAAACUUAUAGUAGUCAGAUCAUUAUUUUCAAAUUUCCAUUAUUAUUGAGAAAUCUAUGAUUAUAAAGAUUUGCCCAGCACUAGACCCUCGUGGUGCCCUUCAUGCAUGUAUGUUAAUGAAUGAAACUGCAGAUCCCAUCAACAGGUUAAUAGAGCCUCCCACUGAAAUGACCGGAGAAGCUGGAUUGACCAAGCAAUCUCAGCCAUUACAUGGGCCCAACAUAAAGUAUAUAUUUUUCAUUAUGCCUUAAAUAAGAGGCCACCUCUUUUAAGCACCAAAACAACUUUAGGUUAUAUAGAUCAUCAUUCCCUAGCUCAAUUAUCUGUUCUCUACGUAAGUAAACUGUAAUAACUAUGUAUAUAUUAAGGGUGAUUGGAAUAUAUAGAGAGUUCUUUUUUUAUGUAUAUACUUUUAAAUGGCAUAAUAUCCUUCUAUAUCACCCAAAAAUAUUAAUAUGCAAUCUGAUAAAAAAUAUAUACAUUUAUUGUACUCCCCACCCAAACAGCGGUACAUAUGUAAAAAGACUUAACAGAUGUUACAGACAGAGAUCUUCUGGAGAGUAAGUGCCUUGGUCCAGAAAGUCAGGGGACAAGAAUGUUGUCCUCUGUCUACUGUUCUAUUACAGACCUGACUAUAAUUACGUCAGAACUUUUACCUAAAACUGUGACCAUAUAAGGACACAUGUGAAGACCCUCAAUUCUGUUAUUAUACACUCACAUUCCCGCUUUCUCAUGAUACAGAAUAGCAAAUGAGGCAUCAAUACCUAAUAUGAACAGUAACAUGGAAUAUGUUAUAUUCUACAUAAACAUACUGCAAUACGUGAAGCUAAAACAUUUGAGUUCUUUUUUAGGAAGUGUGUAGAGAGGCUCUGUGAGUGUCAGCCAGGGAGGUGUGACUAGGACUGCAUUAACUCCUAAAUGGCAGAGAAUUGACUCUGGACCAUAAAGUUGUUUUGAUGUCCCUUCAAGGGAGAAAAUAGGCUGGAAGUCCAGAACCAAACUUGAUUUGUGAGCAGACUCUUGUCAAGGUUAGAUAGUCGGCAGAUCAAGCUUCAUGUCAAAGGAGGCAUGACCGAUCACCAUAGCUCCUGCUUGUCCAUCUUGUAUUCUCAUUGUGUUUGCAAGGCAACUGAUUUAUUCGUAAUCUACUUCUGGUGCUCUCUCUCACCAUCUCCUCUUCACUCCUCUCCUAGUGCCAUCACCUGCCGCAGUCGCUGAUCUGCCCUUCGAUAACUCCAGGUACCAGAACCUGCAGCACUACUCCUACACGUCUUUCACCUUUGUGGAUUUUGAUGUUAGUCUCGCACAGUUCCGCCUCCCUCAGCCCUCCUCAGGAAGACUGACCCCACGGCACUGAGAUGUCAUAGAGUGUGUAAUAAUAAAUCCUGUAGCUAUAUGUAUAAUCUGAUCACAUGUCUUGUCUUGUCUUGUUGUUAUUAUUACAAUGAAACCCAUUAACACAUGCAUUGUGAGGGUUCUGGGAAUAUCCUGGUUGGGUGUUGGAACAUUGUUACAGGGAUAACGGCACAGACCACAGUUGAAACUGGAGUAAAAAUACUGAAAGUUGCAACCCCCUAUUUUAAGGUACAAAAUACACCCUGUACCAAAUUAUUAUGCAAAUUAUAUUUUUCUAAUUUACCUAAAUAAUUGAUGUAAAUAACAGUCAGCAUAAUUCUCAUGUUAUCAACUAUUAACCCUUAAGACCGGAGGGCGUACUAUUACGCCCUAUUAUAGGCGGCUCUAAACGUCGCCGGGCGUAAUAGUACGCCCUCCGGUCUUUCUGUACUUACUGGUCGCCAGCGUCCGCGGCGAUUCGCGUGGGGAACUUCAUGGAGGCCCCAUAACACAUCUUCCUCCUGCAGCUGACCAUGUGAGAGUGAGGUCCUUGUGAGGACCUCACAAUCACAUGGCCGGGAUAGCUGGCUGCAGCAUUGCCAGCAGGGGGGCUGCCUGUAAUGACAGGUGGUCCCCCUGCUGGCUAGAAAUAAAAUUAAAAUAAAUUAAAUACUGUUAAAAAAAAAAAAUAUAUAAUAUCAAAUUACACGUAGACUGAUACUGAUUAAAUAUAUAUAUAAUGUUAUAUAUAUAUAUUUAUAUAUAAAAAAAUUAAAUAUGUAAAUACGUUAAAAAAUAAAAUAAAAAAAUUAUUAAAAAAUAUAUAGAUGUGUUAUUUCGUUCUAACUGUAUUGUGAUAUUAAUAUAUAUAUUUAUAUCAAAAUACACAUAGAACGAAAUAAUAUAUAUCUAUAUACAUAAAUAUAUACGUAUAUAUCAAUAUAUAUAUCUAUAUAUAAAUAAAAAUAUUUUUAAAAAAUUAUAUAUAUAUAUAUAUAUAUAUAUUCACAUACGUGUGUAUAUAUAUAUAUAUAUAUAUACAUAUAUUCUACAUAUAUAUUUAUGUAAUAUUUUUACAUAAUUGGGUAUUUUAAUUAAUUACAAUUAGCGGGACCUGCCUGACAACCCAUGCCGAAAGUAAAGGGAAUUUAAUUUGCUAGCACUAUAUUUAACCCUAUAACUUUCCAAGACACCUUAAAACCUGUACAUGGGGGGUACUGUUCUACUCGGGGGACUUCGCUGAACACAAAUAUUAGUGUUUCCAAAAAAAAAAAUCGCCAGUAAAAGUGACGUUUUUGCAUUUUUCACGCACAAACAGCACUUACACGGACGAUAUUAUUGCUGCGAUACUUUUUCUUGUUUUGAAACACAAAUAUUUGUGUUCAGCGAAGUCUCCCGAGUACAACAGUACCCCUCAUGUACAGAUUUUAUGGUGUUUUCAAAAGUUACAGCGUCAAAUAUAAGGCUUGCGUUUCAUUUUUUUCACAUUAAAAUUCGCCAGAUUGGUUACGUUGCCUUUGAGACCCUAUGGUAGCUCAAGAAUGAAAAUUACCCCUAUGAUGGCAUACCAUUUGCAAUAGUAGACAACCCAAGGUAUUGCAAACAGGGUAUGUCCAGUCUUUUUUAGUAGCUACUUAGUCACAAACACUGGCCAAAAUUGGCGUUUUUUGCAUUUUUCACACACAAACAAAUACUAACGCUAACUUUGGCCAGUGUUUGUGACCAAAUGGCUACUAAAAAAGACUGGACGUACCCCAUUUGAAAUACCUUGGGUUGUCUACUAUUGCAAAUAUUAAUACCGUAUGAGUAUAGAUUUCAUUCAGGCUAUAAAUCCCAAAACAGCGUAAUAUCUAGUGAGCAAUUCAAAUAUAAUGUGCUAUAUUUGACCCUGUAACUUCCCAAAACGCCAUAAAACCUGUACAUAGGGGGUACUGUCUUACACGUGAGACUUUGCUGAAUACAAAUAUGUGUAUUUUAUUGCAGUAAAUGCAAACAGUAUUAUGACAUUGACCGUUAAAAUGUCAUGUAGAACUAAAAAAAUCUUAUUUUCUCCCAUUUUUUUCAUAUUAAAUUAUGUUUCAUAGCUAAAUAUUUGAUAUUAAAUGAAAGCCCUGUUUCUCCUGAAUAAAAUGAUAUAUAAUAAGGGUGGGUGCAUUUAAUAUGAAAGAGGUGAAUUACGGUUGGACAGACAUGUAGCGCAAAUGCGAGGUUUUGUUUACAUUUUGUUUCGUUCACAACGUGUACAUUUGGCUCCAUCCUUAAGGGGUUAAGAGUACAAUUCAAAUUUUAUUGAACAAACCUCCUAAUGAUAACAGUAUUUUUUUUUAAACAUAAAAAACUUACAAUGCACUGUUCCAAAUUAUUACGCACAGUAAGUUUCAAAACACUUUAUAGGUUGUAAAGAACUGAAAAUUGUCAUUUGUUGUGUUUGCAUCAUAUUUACUGAAAUCAAAAGCUAUUUCAAUCAAAUUUUUAACAACAUUUUAACUUUUUAAACAUUUUAACAGGUCACGUUACAUUUUAACAUAGGACCCAUUAUUUGAUAGCAGCUUUGCAAGUCCUGCAUCCAUUGAACUUGUGAGUUUUUGGACAGUUUCUGCUUGAAGUUCAAACACAACAAAAGAAUGGUGGAUUGGCACUUAAAACCAAAGAAUAAGCAACUACCCCCAGUGCCCAAAAUCACUAAAUGGCACUCAGAUAUGAAGUGAAAGAAAAGGAUAUAAGGGGGGUGCAAAGGAAAUAUACAAAAAUCCUGUAUACUUAAUAUAAUGAGUGGAACACCUCCUGAUUUUCCUACAAUAAAAACACAUACAUAGUGUAAUACUGUUAUGUAUCAAUCAAAGCUGGCUCCGACUUCAGUGGCAGGUGAAUAAUUAGCUUAUUCUGGCUUUCAGAUUCCUAGACAGGAUAGCUUCUUUGCAGCCCUUCAAUGAUUUCCAGGAUAUCCAAUUAGUAAAGAGCAAAUUAAAACUUUACUAAAUAAAAUACAGGAAACAGAAAUAAACUUAAAAUAAAAAGUCCACAGCACUAACGCGUUUCGACCUCCAGGUCUUUGCCAAAGUGUGUGGUAAAUGCUGGUCUUCUCUCUUUUUUAAAUAGUACUUCUAUCAAUGAAUUUGGCGCCGUUUUGCCGGCGUCCGGGUUCGCCAAACAUCCGCACCACGUGACUCUCCAUCCGGUCACCUGAUGUCCUACGCAAUGACGUCACUUCCGGAUUCUCGAUCUUCACCUUGUAAAUUCUUUGGAUGUCGGCAGCACUGGUGUUUUCGCCAUAUUUGAACUGGGAAAAGAGCCACUACAUGCAGAAAACUUCAAAUAAAUACAUCAAGUAUAUAAAGUGAAUGUUAUUUCUCCAUAUUUAAACAAACACUAAACAAGUAUGCAUACAUACAUUACAAAAAGAAAC